UCAAACUCGAAUCGAGAUACCGAAUAUCGAGUAAGUGAUAGUUGACUGUAUAUCUAAACGCCAUUGCAACUUCCGACAGAUUGGCCAUGUGAUGAAUCACACAUAUAGUGUUGCGUGAAAGGCUUUUACUAAAAGCUUUUUUAGCGCUUUAUUCUUAUUAUUUAACUUGACCAAAAUGGUCCAUUUAGUUAGGAUUCUACAGGAUCUCUAAGCAAGUGACACAUGUGGUGAUUCUAAGCGUAAACACAUCGCAGCGUGACAAAUGGAACAGUCACACUAAUAAGACAUGCACCAGUAAUGGAAAUGAAACCUCGGUUGUAGUGUCACCUACUGUACUGCAGAUUUUAUCUAUCGGAUAGCAAUGGGCGUUUUUCGGGGAACUCGACCAUCCACUUUGUUCAUAUAUAUUCGGGAGCAAUGAUAUCAUGAACUGUAAUUGCAACGAUUCGAUUAACUCUCUCGAAUACUCAUCCCAAAGUGAGAUAUUAACAGUAGAAAUGCUGACUGGUUGCGAACGAAGCUUUGGAAAAUCACCGCCAAAUAUCAUGACAUACUUCGUAUCGUGAAAACUUCUCACCAUUGAUUGAAGUACGGAGAACAUCGCUGCCUACUAAGAUAAAUCGCUCGAAUAAUUGCAAUCAGUAUUGGCACACAGAGCAAAAUUAAUAGUAUGACGUGUCAGGCUGUGACCAGAUUGCGGGUCAAACGGCGUGCGCGGCAACUCAACCGGCAAUCUCACUCGCUAUGGAGAUGAGGGUGAUUAGAAUUGCGUAACUCUAUAGCUAGCGAGAGGCUCGCAUAGCUAGCAGGUUGGUUGGAUCCCACAGGUAAUCGAGCAGGAAUCUGGAUCUCCAGUUAGUGAGAGGUAGAACACGGGACUGAUCAACAGCUUUUGCACCGCAUCGGGAUCGAGAAUGAGUUUGUCGAAGCGGGCGUUGAUUAUAGUGGUUAUUUUUGCAGCGUUGAGUUUUGUGCAUUCCUCAGAAGAUAGUUGGUUUCAAAUUGACGAUGAGGAUGGAACUUUGACAACUCCUGAACUGAUCAGCAAAUACGGAUACGAGGUGGAGAGCCACUCGGUGACCACGGAAGAUGGCUACGAGUUGACAAUGUUCCGGAUUCUACCGCAGCAACCUUCUGAAACUCCCAAACUUCCCGUUCUGAUGGUUCAUGGUCUCGAGAGCAGCGCAGUGGAUUUCAUCAUCAUCGGCCCUAACAACAGCUUCGCCUACUUGCUCGCUGACUACGGUUAUGACGUAUGGUUGGCAAACGCACGUGGGACUCGAUAUUCCAAGAAACAUUCCACGCUUCCGGUUGACUCCAAAGAAUACUGGAGCUUUUCCUGGCACGAAAUCGGUUACUACGAUCUGCCGGCCAUGAUCGAUUACAUCCUGAACGCGACAAGUGUCAGUAAACUGCAAUACGUUGGUUUCUCACAAGGUUGCACGGCCUACUUCGUUAUGGCAACUACACGUCCAGAAUACAACGAAAAGAUAGCACUGAUGACUGCGCUUUCGCCUCCUGUGAUUGUAAAGCGAGUGCGCAGUCCUCUCGUAUGGCUACUUUCGGAAGUGUUGAAGGAGUUUAGAAAGGUCAAAGCUUCUUUCAAAGACUUCGAGCUUCUCCCCUAUUCAAACGAAUACCGCACAAUAGCGCAGGCAAUAUGUACUGACGAUGCUCGCGGAAAUAUUUGUCAGAAAUGGAUAUCGCUCAUCGUUGGGCCAGAUCCGGACGGGUAUGAUCAAAAGGUGAUGACGGUAUACGUGGGCCACACACCAGCUGGUGCAUCGAUCAACCAGGUCAUCCACUAUGCGCAAAUCGCUCAGAGUAAAACGUUCCAACAGUUCGACUACGGACGGAAAGAGAACAUCCUACGGUACGGUUCGAAGAAACCACCCGUCUAUGAUCUCCGGCUGGCAACGGCACCGGUUAUGAUCUACUACGCUCUGAAUGACUGGCUGGUGCAUCCACGAGAUGUUCAGGAACUGGCGAAAGUGCUUCCAAGGGUGGUUGAAGCCGUGCCGGUAGCCGACAAACAGUUCAACCAUCUGGAUUUCGCGUUGGCAAAGAACGUCCGAACGCUGCUGUACGAUCAGGCGAUUCAGGUGAUGGAGAAGUUCAAUGAGAAUUAAAGGGCGUUUCUUAAGGUCGUGAUAUGGAGUGUUCUGUCGUUGUGAGUGAUGGGUGAAGAUCAAAUAAAUGCCGUAUGAUCAGCAUCCAAGGCUGUUUCAAUAAUAGUUCGAGUGAUAGAUCAGUCAUAGUAAAUAUAAUAUGGCUUUUA